GAAGAAAUAUACUCCAAAGCUUAGACAAUUUCCACAAUUAGAAUUGUAUAAUUCCUAAUGUUUUAUCACUGUUACCAUAGAGUUGUAAUGUGGUUAGGAAUUACCUGAAAGUCAAAAACAGGUUAUUGGUGUACAAUUUUUCAUUUUUGUUGAAUAAAAGUUGGAACUUUCGACUAAAAAGGAAUUUAUUUAUUUGAUAAAAUUAUAAAAAUAUUAAUAGUUUUACCAAUUUUAGAAUCAUAAUUUGAUGGCACCAGCCACCAAGCAUGUAGUAGCUAAUUAACCUUAGUGGAAAGGAUAAGGCUCUUUAACCUUCUUCCUAAACCAAUCAAAAUCCCAGUGAAGCUCACAAGGCCGUUUGAAAAUGGCGCUCAAACACUCCUUUAUCCCUUCUUCUACUUCCUGUAUGUUAAAGGCCAAUCACCACCCUCUGAGAAUCUGCAAAAAUCACAUAUCUUUUAGACCAUUCUCUCAAUCAUCUUCUCCUACUUUCUCCAAUUCUUUCAUUCCUAAGUCUACUACACCUUCUCCCCUUUUCCUUUCUUUCCUCGAAGAAGACGAAGAAGAGGAUGAAGAAGAAGAAGAAGAAGAAGAAGAAGAAACCCAGCAGUUAAAUGAACCAGAAGAUGACCCAAUUCGCCGCUUCUUCUUAACCCGGGCGGCAAUCCAAAGAUCCGACCCGGAACCGGACCCAGGUCGGGAAGGCAAGUUAUCUCUACAAGAGAAUCGUAAAACAUCCUGGCGUCUUUCUUCCAUCGCUGAUUCAACUCAAGAUGGUGAAGAUGAGGUUGAAGGCAUUCCAAAUUCCCUACUGGAAACACUCUCCCCAAGUAGUAAAAUUGAAGGGGUUGUUAGUGGAAUAGUGGAGAAGGCGAAGAACUUACCGGAAAAUGUGACGUUAGGUGAAGUAUUAGGUGAAUUUGAAGGGAGAGUUGGACAGAAAGACUGUGAGGAGGUACUUGGUUUGUUGGGAAAUGAAGGUUUGGUGGUUGAUUGCUUGUAUUUUUUCGAAUGGAUGGGGCUUAAUGAGCCUUCAUUGGUUACACCUCGAGCGUAUACGAUUCUGUUUCCAAUACUUGGGAGAGCUGGUAUGAGCAAGGAGUUACUAGUUUUGUUUAAGAAUUUGCCUAAUAGAAAGGGGUUCAAGGAUGUUCAUGUUUAUAAUGCGGCUAUUUCCGGACUAUUAUGCUGUAGAGGGUAUGAUGAUGCUUGGGAAGUUUAUGAGUCCAUGGAAACAAAUUCUGUCCAACCAGACCAUGUGACGAGUUCCAUUAUGAUCACACUAAUGAGGAAACGGGGCAAUAGCGCCAAAGAAGCUUGGGAGUUAUUCGAAAAGAUGAAUGAAGAAGGUGUAAAGUGGAGCUUGGAAGUAGCGGGUGCUCUAAUUAAAUCCUUUUGUGAUGAAAGCCUGAAGAAGGAAGCUUUAAUUAUCCAGUUGGAAAUGGAGAAAAGGGGAAUAUCUUCUAAUGCCACUGUCUAUAAUACUCUGAUGCAUGCUUACUGUAAAUCUAACCAAAUUGAAGAGGCUGAAGGUCUCUUUGCCGAGAUGAAGAGGAAAAAAAUUGCACCUACCUCGGCUACUUAUAAUAUUUUGAUGGAUGCAUACAGUAGGAGAUUCCAGCCCGAAGUUGUUGAAAAACUGCUACAGGAAAUGGAAGAUGCUGGUUUGGAGCCAAAUGUGAAAUCGUAUACCUGCCUGAUCAGUGCCUAUGGAAGACUGAGGAAAAUGAGUGACUUGGCUGCAAAUGCGUUCUUGAGGAUGACGAAGGUUGGUAUAAAACCAACUUCUCACUCUUAUACAGCUCUUAUCCAUGCCUAUUCAGUCAGUGGGUGGCAUGAUAAAGCUUAUACAGCUUUUGAGAAUAUGCAAAGGGAGGGAAUAAAACCCUCCAUAGAAACUUAUACUGCUCUUCUUGAUGCAUUUAGACGUGCUGGUGAUACCCAAACACUCAUGAAAAUUUGGAAAAUGAUGAUCAGAGAUAAAAUUGGAGGGACAAGGGUGACAUUUAACAUUCUACUGGAUGGAUUUGCUAAACAAGGUUGCUACGUCGAAGCAAGAGAUGUAAUUUGUGAAUUUGGGAAGCUUGGGUUACAACCAACAGUAAUGACAUACAACAUGUUGAUCAAUGCAUAUGCGAGGGGAGGACAAGAAUCAAGGUUGCCACAGCUUUUGAAGGAGAUGGCAGCACUUAAUCUAAAACCUGAUUCUGUUACAUAUUCCACAAUGAUAUAUGCCUUCAUCCGUGUGCGAGAUUUCAAGAGGGCGUUUUAUUUUCACAAGCAGAUGGUAAAAAACCGGCAAGUGCCUGACGCUGAAUCAUAUGAGAAGCUCCGGGCAAUUCUGGAUGUAAAAGCUGCCAUAAAGAACAGGAAAGAUAAGAGUGCUAUAAUGGGAAUAGUUAGAAGCAGUAUGGGCUUAUUGAAAGAGAAGAAAAAGGGAAAGAAGGAUGAGUUCUGGAAAAAUAGAAAAAAAGGAGCAAGAUUUCAUGGAGGACAGCAAUAGCUAUACUUUUUGUCUUGUCAUUACGUUAUGUUGGUUCAGUGAGUUAGCUUAGAAAAUUCCGAUUUCUUUUGGUGGUUAUCUUCAAUCCAAGCCUGACCGAGAUGCUAUUUUGUACAGUUGUGUUCUACCUUUUGGCAUAAAAGAGGCGUUGAACUUGAAUGCUUCAAGACUUGUGAAAGUGAAACUAGGCCCUGUGAUGCGUGAAUCUUGAUUUAGUCAGGCUCUUAUGCAGGUACCGAACACCUAAUGGAAAAUCCAAAAAGAAAAAGAAAAAGAAAAAGAAGACGUGUGAAGCUCUACAUCAGCUAGAUUUAAAUUACUGAUAAAUUCUCUCAUUAAAGUUAAAUGCUUUACAACUUUUGGAACUGUACAUCAGCUAGAGAGUGGAAAUACUAAUAAAGUCUGUUCGGAGACUCCUAAGCAGAUACUUUUACCAUGGAUUCCUUCCUCUAAUAGAUUUAUCUCUUUCUUCUGCCA